GAUACACAAGUGAAGUGGUGACGGAAAAAAUUGGAAAAAGUGAUGUUUACGAGCUGUUUUUCUGAAAGGCAGUUGUAUUUUAUUAAUAUGAGACGAAGACGGAUAUGCAAAUUUAUAGCAAGCCGCAAAGGCCUUCUCUUCGUGCUGGUCACACUGCCAGUUUUCUGCGUGUCCUGGCAGCUCAGCCAAGCGGUGGGCCGAGCGCUGACCCCGCCACCACCACCAGACCAGAAUCUUCAACAUUUGCGAGCUAAUAGGAGUUUGGUUCAUUAUUUGGACAACAUAAACCUCCUCAUAGAACCAUCAUCAGUCUGCCAGAAAAGGGUCCCGGUCCUCGUUCUAGUGACCAGCACCCCCUCCCACUAUCGUCACCGUGACGUCAUCAGAAAUACUUGGGGGAAGCACCAGGAGACGUAUUUCUUCCUCGGUCUUACCCAGGAUGAUGAUCGAAUGGCAGACGUCUACAUCGAAGCUAAACAGCACAGCGACCUGAUAGUCCAUGAGCUCCAAGACCACUAUCAGAACCUGACGCUGAAGGUGGCGCUGAUGCUGCAGUGGGCGCUCCACCGCUGUCCGCGGGCAGAGUUCGUCUUCAAGACUGAUGAUGAUGUGAUGCUCAACCCGAGGACUUUGGAAACGGUGCUGGAGGAUAAUAAGGGUGCCGCGUUGUUUGGGUACAAGAAAGAGAACAGUGUACCGCACAGAGACGAGUACACCAAGUGGUACCUGCCUCGGUGGCUGUAUAAUGAAGACUUGAUACCAGAAUAUCUAUCCGGGACAGGAUAUAUUAUUAAUGGUAAAAACCUAAAAGAGAUUUUCACCGCCGCUCUUCACAUCCCCCUUAUCAACACGGAAGACGUCUACUUCACGUAUCUCGUCGCCAAGAGAGCCCUAGGGCUUCCCCUCACCCACGACCGAAGACUGAGCCCAUACAAGCCUUGGAUAUUCACUUGUCCGUACAAAAACUACGCCUCCAUACAUAGUCUUAGUCCUGAGGAGAUGGUGAUUCUAUGGCCGAAGAUUCAAAGUUUAGGGGAAAGUAAAUUUUGUAGUUAUUUCACUAGUGAGUUAUUACUGUAUUAGUAGUCUUUUUGAGCCCUAGGGCUCUAGCCCUAGGUACUUCUCAUCUACGAUCGAAGACUGAGCCCAUACAAGCCUUGGAUAUUCACUUGUCCGUACAAAAACUACGCUUCCAUACAUAGUCUUAGUCCUGAGGAGAUGGAGAUUCUAUGGCCGAAGAUUCAAAGUUUAGGGGAAAGUAAAUUUUGUAGUUAUUUCACUAGUGAGUUAUUACUGUAUUAGUAGUCUUUUUGAGCCCUAGGGCUCUAGCCCUAGGUACUUCUCAUCCACGAUCGAAGACUGAGCCCAUACAAGCCUUGGAUAUUCACUUGUCCGUACAAAAACUACGCUUCCAUUCAUAGUCUUAAGUUAGUCCUGAGGAGAUGGAUAUUGUAUGGUCGAAGAUAAGAUUAGAGGAAAGUCAAUUUUGUAGUUAUUUCACUAGUGAGUUAUUAUUGUA